GAAAGAAAGAAAGAAGGAACGUUUAUUAAAUUGUCCCCACAGCAAUCCGCAUUAUUGUUUUUUCCUCAUCUUCUCGUCUUGCUCUCUUUCCCAUCCAAAUCGCCGCUCCUCUCCGGCCUCCAUUCCUGCCUCUUCUCUUCUCUGUCUAUUCUAGUUCUAAUUUUUGUUUUUAAAAUUUUUGUUUUGGACGAAAGCAAAGCAGCAAGCAACGUCUGUUCUCUUCUUCCAUCUUCUCCCCCACCCGAAACCCCAGUUGCGUUUUUUUUUUUUGUUCUUUUCUUUUGGGCAACAAAAACAUGUGAAGCUCUCUCGUCUGACUCCGAUCUCCAUCACAGAUUUAAUCUGUACUGAAUUGCUCUUUUUUCUUUCUUUAAAUUCAGACUGCAUCUUCUCUCUCUCUCUCUCUCUCUCUCUCUCUCUCUCUCUCACACACACACACACACACACACACAUUUCUGGGACAAGAGGAGAAGAUGAUGCUGAGAAAAUGGGUGAUGUUGAUGUUGCUCGUCACGGUUCUUGCCCCAAUCGUUCUUUACACUGAUCGACUCGCACGAUUCAGCAAGGCCUGGUCUUCCAGAAACGACUUCAUCACUGAUGCUUCAACCUUCGCUUUUGGGGGUGAUAUCAGGCAACUAAAUCUGCUUCCGCAGGAAUCCUUCAAAACCCUAGAAGAGCCAAUCCGGAUUAUCUACUCCGACGGCUCAACCAAUACUAGGAAUUCAGCUCAAGAUUUGCCAUCACAGAAAUCUGUAGAGCAUAAAUCCCGAGCAUUAUAUACAACGGACAAUGAAGAUCAAUCUGAAAAGGAACACCCCAUCAGGCAGGUAACUGAUGGGGUUCAUCGAGCAGAUCAGAGUGGAUUCUUGCAAAAACCUCAAUCAACUGGUGAAAAUGGAAGCAGUCAAGCAAAAAAAUAUUCCAAGAGAAAAAAAGAAAAACCCUGGAAGACAUCCCUUAGUGCCUCUGAAAAUAUGGAAAUGAAACAUGAUCUGCGAUCUUCUCAAACCUCGGGCAAAGUUGAUACAAAAGAAUCCAUAAAGCCUAAAACUGAGAAACAGAGUGAUGCAGCUGUGCCUGAUGCACUGGUUCGACGCCUCAAAGAUCAGCUCAUCAGAGCAAAGGUGUACCUUUCUCUUGCAGCUACAAAAAACAAUCCACACUUUAUAAGGGAGCUCCGACAACGGAUGAGGGAAGUUCAACGAACAGUUGAUGAUGCAACCAAGUCUCCUGAGCUACCAAGGAAUAUCAAUGAGAGAUUAAAGGCAAUGGAGCAAACAUUGGCUAAAGGCAAGCAAAUUCAAGAUGAUUGUGCUACUGUUGUAAAGAAGCUCCGUGCUAUCCUUCACUCAACAGAAGAGCAGCUUCGAGUGCAUAAGAAGCAGACCAUGUUUUUGACACAGUUAACUGCAAAAACGCUUCCUAAAGGUCUUCAUUGUCUCCCAUUACGCCUUUCAACUGACUACUAUGCCUUAAAUUCUUCACAACAGCAUUUUCCAAAUCAAGAGAAUUUAGAAGACCCAAGGCUGUAUCACUAUGCACUAUUUUCGGAUAAUAUAUUGGCAGCAGCAGUUGUUGUGAACUCGACUGUUUCCCAUGCUAAGGAUCCAUCAAACCAUGUUUUUCACAUUGUCACCGAUAGGCUCAAUUAUGCAGCGAUGAGGAUGUGGUUUCUUGCAAAUCCACCAGGAAAAGCCACUAUUCAGGUUCAGAAUGUUGAAGAAUUUACAUGGUUGAAUACUAGUUAUAGUCCAGUGCUCAAGCAGUUGAGCUCUCCAUCCAUGAUAGACUAUUAUUUCAAGGCUCAUCGUGCUAAUUCUGAUUCUAAUUUGAAGUUCCGGAACCCAAAGUACCUUUCUAUCCUGAACCAUCUUCGUUUUUACCUGCCAGAGAUAUUCCCCAAACUCAACAAAGUGCUGUUCUUGGAUGAUGAUGUAGUAGUGCGGAAGGAUCUGAGUGGCCUUUGGUCUCUUGAUCUAAAAGGGAAUGUUAAUGGUGCAGUUGAGACCUGUGGAGAAAUUUUUCACCGCUUUGACCGUUAUCUCAACUUCUCAAAUCCUCUCAUUUCUAAGAAUUUUAAUGCUCAUGCUUGUGGAUGGGCUUAUGGGAUGAAUAUUUUUGAUUUGGAGGAAUGGAAGAGGCAAAAAGUCACAGAGGUCUACCACAAAUGGCAAAAGCUGAAUCAUGAUAGACAGUUGUGGAAGCUUGGAACACUGCCCCCUGGUCUCAUAACAUUUUGGAACCGCACUUGUCCUCUUGAUCGAUCUUGGCAUGUCCUGGGCCUUGGUUACAAUCCAAAUGUUAGUCAGAAGGAAAUCGAACGUGCUGCUGUGAUACAUUACAAUGGAAACAUGAAACCCUGGCUUGAGAUCAGCAUACCCAAGUUCAGAAACUACUGGGCAAGAUUUGUUGAUUAUGAUCACGUGUAUCUGCAAGAGUGCAACAUCAAUCCAUAAUGCAAACCUUGUGGUAUCAUUAAUCAUUAUGUUUCUUUCCAAGUACCUUUGUGCCCAUUUAUAUAUUUUUGAGCUCUGCAUCUAUUCACUGUGAGUUCUUGUUAAGCAAGAAGCUUUUUGAGUUCAAUUCUUUCUGUAAACAUUUUUCUUUUAUUUUCUCCUUUUUAAGAGCACUGUAGAUUUUGUGCCACAAUUCAUGAUAUGAUGCAUCCAGUUGUUGCUGAUUUGUGGAACAGCAGAUGCAUUUGUAUUUCUUGGGAGGUAGUUGCAAGUGUAUAAUGUCUUCUUUAGGCCCAUGUAUAUUAUACUUGUCUUGUAGUAGUAUUCUUCCUGUUGCUGUUCUUUCUUUUUCUUUAUCAUUUUUUAAUAAAAAAAUAAUGCUGUCUUUGGGUA